AUGUCAAAAGGUCGUGUACUAUUAGCAUAUUCUGGUGGUUUAGAUACCUCUUGCAUCUUGGUAUGGCUCAUUGAGCAAGGAUACGAUGUAUUUGCCUAUAUGGCAAAUGUUGGACAAGAAGAAGAUUUUGAAGCGGCAAAGGUUAAAGCUUUGACAAUUGGUGCUAAAGGUGUUUUUAUUGAGGAUCUACGUAAAGAAUAUGUAGAGGAAUUGAUCUUCCCCUCGGUUCAGGCGAAUGCAAUUUAUGAGAAUGUAUACCUAUUGGGUACUUCACUUGCUCGUCCGGUCAUUGCUCGUCGUCAAAUACAAAUCGCUAUCCGCGAAGGAUGUCAAUUCGUGUCGCAUGGCUGUACCGGCAAAGGCAAUGAUCAAGUUCGUUUCGAGUUAGCUUAUUACGCUUUGAAACCUGACAUUAAAGUCAUUUCCCCGUGGCGUAUCCCUGAAUUCUAUGAACGUUUCCCCGGUCGGCAAUCUCUCCUUGAAUAUGCCGCACAAAAGAAUAUUCCCGUUGUUCAGACCACAAAGGCACCUUGGAGUACCGAUGGAAAUAUUUAUCAUAUAUCAUAUGAAGCUGGUGUUCUUGAAGAUCCAAAUGCGACUCCACCAAGGGAUAUGUGGCAACUUACUGUUGAUCCAGAAGAUGCACCAGACACACCAGAACGUAUCACCAUUAUCUUUGAAAAGGGUGUUCCAGUUAAAGUUCACAAUCAUAAUGAUGGCACUACUCACACCGACUCGCUGGAACUAUUUCUCUAUCUCAACACUUUAGCUCGUCGUAACGGUAUCGGUCGUAUCGACAUUGUCGAGAACAGAUACAUUGGAAUAAAAUCACGUGGAUGUUACGAAACACCCGGUGGCACUAUUCUCCGUGCUGCACACAUCGACUUGGAAGGAUUAACGCUAGAUCGAGAAGUACGUCGAUUACGCGAUCAAUUCAUCACUCCAACCUGGUCAAAUUUGUUGUAUAACGGCCAGUACUUUUCACCCGAGCUGCAAUUCAUUCGACCAUCACUUAUUGCCAGUCAAGAAUCUGUGAACGGUGAGGUUAAACUCAAGUUAUACAAGGGCAAUGUGAUUAUCGAGGGAAGAAAAUCAGAUACCUCCAAAUUAUAUGAUAUGGAGGAAAGUUCAAUGGAUGUUCAGGGAGGAUUUAGUCCAGUUGAUUCUGAAGGAUUUAUUAGAAUUCAGAGUAUUCGUUUGAAGAAAUGGGGAAUCGACAAUGCUGAAAAACCAUAA